AUGGAUCGGCAAGUAAGAAUCAAUAAAGCCAAGCAGGAAAUCGAGGCCAUGUUCGAAGGCUUAAAUGACAGCGAUGCAGCUGACAUAGUUGUGAUCUGCCAGAAUGCAAUCGAAACUAUCGAGAUGAGACGUGCAAAGAAACUCAGAGUCUUCAAAGAAUUCUACAAGCCUCUCCCUGUCAGCGAUACCGAUGAAAACAGCUCUGCUGAAACCACACAGAAAAUCACCAACAAGUAUUUUCACCUCUACCAGGCACUCCCCGUGUUGGAGGAAUUGCGAGAUUUGGAUCAGAGAAGAAAAAACACAAAGAACGAGUUGAACUUUCAAGUAUUGAUUGCUGAACAAAAGGAACAUAUCGAAGACUUGAAGAACGAAAAGCAGAUACAAUAUACCGACUUAUUUGGAGCAGAAUUGGGAAUUGUCGACAAGUAUAUUGGGGUCUGUUUUUCUCGACAGGUUGAUGGGGACUGCACUGGCUCUGGAAAUGUUGUGAACAAGAAAUAG